AUGAAUGCUGAACGAUGCGCUUUACUCCACAAUGAAAUCGUGAAACUCGGUUGGGAAGGUUCAGGCCGGGAUCUUGACGACCUACCACAAAGAAAUUGGUUCGAAUUCUACGGCGACGAAGCAAACGAGAUUCGCAAUUCGUUAUCACCAACCCUAGGCACGUUUCUCGAGCAAGCUUGGGAAGUCGGAGACGACCACUCGUUCUUUUACUACGUCAUGGGCUUGUCCCACCCAAGCAAUUUAUUUAUAAACCAUAGCGAAGAGAAGAGCCGUGGAGAAAAAGAGAGAUUCCUGACACUUUAUGCGGCGAACGACAUUGCAGAGCAUCCUGGUGGCUUGAUAUUUGACCAAAAUACUGAUACCGCAAUCAUCCAAAUGACCGUCGAGGAUGGCAGCACAAUUCACAAUGGACGGCAGCUGUGGUACCCUUUGGAAACUGUUUUAGAAGCGUGGCUCGACAUGAUACAUGUGGGGAAAAUCCGAGCAGUAACCGGUGACGUCGAAGGCCCAAACCCGAAAUUCGAUCCGUGGAUUAAUAUUCCAUACAGUGACAAAAUGCUACAGGAAACUAUUAGUGUCUUUAAUCAGCUGGUGGAAGCCAUUGAAUCGCGUAUGCCUGGCACACACCAGGAACCUAGCGCAACGGGACUCGUUGACGACGUGAUCCUUCGAGAGAGUCAAGUUCCUCCCGGAUUUGCUUAUGAAUUCAUUCGGAAUGUUCGCCGUCCACGAUUCCAAUAUGUGGCGCCCGGUCUCGCGCUCCCAACACCGUCGACUUUUUCAAACCAGGUCUUCUUCUCUAUCCUACCAGAUCCGCCACCAGAUGAUGAUGAUCCAGUACUCGCCAUUGCACCAAUUCUUCUUUUCCGAUCAACGCAGAACUACACCGCACCUCCCGAUGCCGACAUCACUGGUUACAAUCUGCCAUUCAGUUGGCCAUACAGUCAGGUUUCCCAAUAUCCCUCGGGUCUCUACCUCUCUCCGGUGGACCGCGAAAGUAGCAAUCCAUUUGAAGAUGAGUGCACGCUCGUUCUUCCCUUUGGUAUUGGAGCGAAUGGGUUUGCGCGGACAAGCGACGGAGCGAGAUUUGGAGAGAACACUGAGGCAGAAACUUCCCAAGCGAAGGAUACGUUUGCAGACUUGUUCCAGCCAGGGUACCAGCCGUUUGUUGAGAUGCAUGGGGCGAGGUUUGUGGGGGUGUUGAAGAGUUGGUUGGCUAUGGUGGAGAACGGCGACUGGAGUGUGAACGAGGAGGGCAUUAUUGGAGGUAUGGAUGAGUGGAGGAAAGCGGAUACUGCACCAGAGUGGGAGAAGUAUGUUGUCCCUGUCGGUUGGUAG